AUGAACCAAACACAAUGUAUAUCCGCUGAAGCAUCUGUUAUUGAUAAAGGAUACAACAUUGUACGUGUAUUACAUUUUAUUUUUGGAUUAAUAUUUAUAAUAAUGCUUGUAAGGAUUGUUUGGUCAUACAGAACAAAAUCGUUGAAAUUACAUAAAAAUUUAAUUUUAUUAUUGGCCAAUAUUUUAUUACUUAAUACACUUCUUGUUUUGUCGUAUUUUCUUGCUGUUUUUAUGAACUUUGUAAGAUUUAAUUUUUUAUUUAAUAAAUAUUUAAUUUUUUAUCACAAACAGAUUGUUCUAUUUACAUACAAAAAUUCUUGUGAUUGUUUAAUUCAAAUUUGGUUAGUUUAUUUGAUUAGAAUUCCUUUUUAUCUUCAAAUUGCUGGCUCUCCUUUGUUUCAUUUUGCUAUAAUGAUCGAAAGAAUUUUGGCUACAGUUUAUGUUAAAAUUUAUGAAAAUCAAGGAAAAAAGAUUGGAAUAAUUAGCACAAUUAUUGUGUGGAUAUUGACCUUAAUGUUUGGUUUUUAUGUAUAUAUUACAUCAAGUAUGGAUGUCAAUACUUUUAGUCAUCCAAUGGUUUAUCUAACUUUGACAAGUAUUUACAAUUCUCAAUUACUUAUUGACAUUCACAGUUUCCUCCUAAUUUUGGUUAUUUGUAUAGCAAUUGCUGAUUAUUAUUUAAUUAAUCGAAAUAAAAAAAUAAAAUCGAAUUUGUGA